AAUGGUACAGAAGGGCCGUCCUAAACGGUGUCCCAGAUAAAGUAAAAAGUGCCAUGGUAGAUAAUCCUGACAUGGCAGGAUGUGAGUCAACUGUGUGGGAACGGCAUUUGAUUCAUCAUCUGUCCCGAGCACAGGAGACUGUAGAUGAAGAACAGGACAGCCUUAAAGAGCUGCAAGCCCAAUUGUUAAAACUUCAACUCACGGAGGCCAAACAAAAGAUAAGUAACAAGAAGAAACAGGACAAAACAAACCCCAAAAACAUGGUAGCCACACAACCUUCCCCUCAGAAUGAUUUAGGAGAUGCUGGUUUGCAUCCGUGGGUGCCGCCACCUCCUAUGCCGCCACAAAGACCAUCUUAUCAGAGAUUUACUGGAGGAUAUGGGAGAGGUAGAGGCGUGUGGGGAGGAGGACGAGGAAGGGGCGGACCACCAAGGGGACCGCAAGGGAGAGACCAAUGUUACUUCUGUAACCAAACAGGCCAUUGGGUGAGAAAUUACCCCCAGCGUCAAGGAAGCUUCCAGCGUGGGGGGCGAGGACGAGGAGGUCCUAGGCCCUGUGGGACGAAUGGAUGGCCCUGCCCUAUUGAAGGCCAGUGUACCACCCACCCAGUAAAACGACAGCUGCCACUCACAGAGUGGGAUCAGUGGGAAAACUGGGGAGACCAGCAGCAGCAAUGAGACACCCCACAGAGAAGCCAAGGCAGCAUUAAUAUCAGACGAAACAAUAACGGUAGUGGGCUUCUCUGGGGAAAAGCUGACUCUGCCAAUCACCGUACCUAUUGUCACCCAGCUGGGUGGACAAAAAGUGACACAUUCAUAUGUCCAUUCGCCCACUGUGCCUUUGAAUUUACUGGGAAGGGAUCUCCUGAUAAAACUAGGGGCAACCAUUCUGUCCAGCCCAGAUGGACUAAGAGCGACUCUGCCUGACGUCACCAAACUCCAGUGUGACGGUGUAGCCACAAGUGGACAGUAUCUGAUGCAACCAAUUGAAGAGACAUAUGCUGACAUCUACUGGGGAACGCUACAACCAGAGACUGCUGAGACGCCUGGUAUCCUCUCUGCGUACCUACGGUGGAAGCCCUGGAUCGCCCAAAUCGAACCAUAUGUCUCUCCACCCGAUCCUCCUCAUGUAACUCUCUUCUA